AUGUCUGACUCUAAGGAACAAGAAGCCCCCGGGGCCUUCAUGUCUGUCCUGAAAUCAAGAGCCACCUUGAAGACCAAAAUUCACAGCAAAGUAUCGAAGAAGGCAGCAGGAAAAGACUCUCAGAAUCCGGAGGAAUUAGUCACAGCAAGCACCAGCUACUGGACCUCAGAAAGCGAUGGUGAGGUACAGCUGCGCAUGAGCAAGAAGACAAAUAACGAGCCUCCAAUCACAGUACCUGACAUGAUCAUGAGCGCGGCCACCAAGUACGCGCACUACCUGGCGAUCGGCUCCAAGUACAAGAAGAGCUGGCAGCUGCUCACCUACGUCGAGUACUACGAAGCCUGCAGGCGCGCAGCCAAGGCCUUCCUCAAGGUGGGCCUGGAACGCUUCCAUGGUGUGGGGAUCAUGGGCAUCAACUCUGUGGAGUGGGUGAUUGCCAGCAUUGGAGCCAUCAUGGCAGGUGGCAUCUCUGUCGGCAUCUUGUCUACCAACACUCCGAAAACCUGCCAGAUCAUUGCUGAGACCUCAAAAAUGGACAUCUUCGUGGUGGAUAAUGAAAAACAGCUGCAGAAGGUUAACCAGAUCCAGGGUUACCUGAAGCAUCUCAAGGCCAUCAUACAAUACAAAGAGGACAUCCAGGAAGUGCAGCCAAAUCUAUACUCGUGGAAAGGGUUCCUGGACCUUGCAGACGGCAUCCCGGAUGAAACACUGGACAAAAUCAUCGACUCACAGAAGCCUAACCAAUGCUGUACUUUGGUAUACAAUCAGAACACCACGGGGAUCCCAAAGGCCGUAAUGCUUAGCCAUGACAACAUCACAUGGACCACGGCAGCCACUGUUCAGAACCUCAGGUACAAGUGCCCGCCUGAUGGCCAGGAGGUCCUUGUGAGCUACCUGCCACUCUGCUUCGCGGCGAUCCAGAUCUUGGACAUGUGGGUGGCCAUUUCCGUGGCGGGGACAGUUUACUUCCCCUCAAUAGAGGCACUGAAGUGGAGUGGGCUACCACGGGCCCCUGGCACGGGCUUCCUGAUGGAGAUGCUCCGUGAAGUCCAGCCCACCACGUUCUGCGGCAUCCAGUGGGUGUGGGACCGCAUGCUGGACAGUCUGAAGACCAAACACCUGGACUCCUCCGCCUUCCGCAGGAGGAUUGACCGCUGGGCCAUGCACAUGGGCCUGAGCACCAACAAGAGGCGGAUACUCGGGCAGAUCCACCAGCCGCUGUGCUUUGGCCUGGCCAAACGACUGACCUUCGAACCCGCUAGGAAGUUCCUAGGUCUCAACCAUUGCCACCAGUUUCUAAGCGUGGGCCAGGGGCUGCCGAGGGCCACGAUGGAUUUCUUCCUCAGCCUGGAUAUCCCUAUCAUGGAGCUGUACGGCUUGUCGGAGUGCACGGGAUUGCACUCUCUGUCCAACCCCCAGACCUUCCGGCUCCAGAGCUGUGGGAAGCCAUUUCCCAGCACCCACACAAAGCUGGAAAAGCAGAACCAAGAUGGAGUCGGAAUUUGUGUACUGGGCCGUCACAUAUUCAUGGGUUAUCUCAAUGACAAGGAGAACACAGAGAAGGAAACGGACAGCUAUGGCUGGCUGCACACGCACGACCUGGGCUUCUUGGAUUUCGACAGGUUCCUCUAUAUCCUGGGGGACAUCGAUGAUAUGAUCACCCUGAGCUCAGGUGAGGUGGUCAACCCGAGUCCCAUCGAGGAGCGUGUAAGGACACGCAUCCCCAUUGUGCGCUACGCAAUGCUGGUGGGCCAGGACGCCCCAUUCCUGUGCGCCCUCCUCACACUGAAGUGUCAGAUCAACCCAGAGACCGGAGAGGCUCGGAGUACCCUGACCAGCGAGGUCGUGGCUUGCUGUCGGAAACUGAAGAGCCAGUCCACUUGGUUGGCAGAUGUCCUAUAUGACCGUGACCCUUUGGUUACAGAGUUCAUCAGCCAGGGCAUCCAGGAUGUGAACGAGGAGGCGCCCUCAGAGGGUGCCAAGAUCCUUAAGUGGGUCAUUAUAGACAAUGAUUUCUCUGUGGCCGGCGGGGAGCUUGGACCCAUGAGUGAGUUGAGCAGGGCUACUGUGGCCAAGAUAUACCAGGAGGACAUCCAGAAACUCUAUGAGGCAGAUCCGACCCCCUAG